UUUGCGUAUACUUGCUCCCCAUAUACUUGAUUGAUAUAGCGAUAUGAAGAAGGGACCAGCAGCUGCAACCCACGAAGACGAAGAGGAGAGGGCUGCGUUGGUACCGCCACUGCCGCCGUGCCAAAACGAUGAUGGGGCGGCGCUACGGUGCAAGCACGACAGCACCGGAUCGAUGGCGGUGGAUCAAACCGAGCAGGGGCAGUCGUCAACAGCAAAGCCGUGGCGGACGAAGGCGCUUCCGACGAGGAGCAUCGUCGGGCUGGUCAUGGGCGUCCUCGUCGUCCUUGCCUUGCUCCACGGCACCACCAGCAGCGGGUGGGUCCACCUCAGCUCAUCUUCGUUUCUGCUAGGCAUCAGCGGAGCUGCUGGCCGUGGACGAAAUGGACGACCACCACACCAUGCCCCGCCAUCCGGCGGGCUAGUUCGGGUCCCGAUCCCCUUCACCUGCGGCAACGAGACGUCCUCGGCCUUCCCCGCCUGCCCCCGAGCAGCAGCAGUGUCCCCAUCGCCGUCGCCAACAGCACCACCGUCCUCCGAUCAGCGUCCGGCACCAUCAGCGACGUGCCCGGAGUACUUCCGGUACAUCCACUCCGACCUGUCGCCGUGGCGCGAGUCGGGGAUCACGCGGGAGGCGGUGGAGAGCGUGCGCGACAAGGCGACGUUCCGGCUGGUGGUGGUGUCCGGGCGCGCGUACGUGGAGAAGCUGCACCGCGCGUACCAGACCCGGGACGUGUUCACGCUGUGGGGCAUCCUCCAGCUGAUGGCGCGCUACCCGGGCCGCGUCCCGGACCUGGAUCUCAUGUUCUUCUGCGGCGACAUCCCGGAGGUGCGCGCCGCCGCCUACCCGGACCAGUCCAAGGCGCCGCCGCUCUUCAUGUACUGCACGGAGGACGCGGCGCUCGACAUCGCGUUCCCGGACUGGACCUUCUGGGGCUGGCCCGAGGUGAACAUCCGGCCGUGGGCGCCGUUCCUGGAGGAGGUGGCGCGCGAGAGCCGGCGCACGCCCUGGCUGGACAGGGAGCCCUACGCGUUCUGGAAGGGCAACCCCAAUGUUUGCGGGCUGCGCCGCGACCUCAUGCGCUGCAACGCCUCCGACAGCGGAAAGGACUGGAACGCGCGGCUCUUCAGGCAGGACUGGGGAUAUGCCAACCGAAAUGGCUUCAAAGACUCCAAUUUGGCAAAACAAUGCAACUACAGGUACAAGAUCUAUGCGCAGGGGAGAGGGUGGUCAGUGAGCCAGAAGUACAUCCUGGCCUGCGGCUCCCCAAUGCUUCGCGUCGACACACCCUUCCGCGACUUCUUCUCGCGGGGGUUCGUCGCCGGCAAGCACUACUGGCCCAUCGACGCAGCUCGCAUGUGCCCCUCCAUCAAGUUCGCCGUCGACUGGGGCAACGCUCACCCGGAACAGUCGCAGCGGAUGGGCGAGGAGGGUAGCAACUUCGCCCGGGACGAAUUGAGCAUGGACUACGUGUACGACUACAUGCUGCACCUGCUCACUCAUUACGCCCGGCUGCUCCGGUAUAGGCCCACAGUCCCGAUGAACGCCACCGAGCUCUGCCUCGAGUCCAUGGCCUGCUCGGCCCGCGGCCGCGCUCGUGAGUUCAUGAUGGAGUCUAUGGAGAAGCAUAUCGCUGACUAUGAGCCCUGCGAAUUGCCUCAACCUUUCACCGCCGACGAGGUCACGCAGCUGGCACAAAGGGACGCGGAAGUGUCCCGAAAAGUGAAAAGGAUGGAGGAAGAGAAGGAAAGUUAGAUGGACUAUACAUCCUUGUCCAGGAUGGUUAAAGAAUAAAGAUAGGUAUAUGUACACGCAAUAAUUCACAUAACUUAGUACGGCCCAUACGAACUAAUCAUGAAAUUGCAAAUGAGAGAUACAGAUUGACACGACCCAAAUGUUAAAAACAAGAUUAACAUGUUAA